AUGUCACAGUCUCACCCCACAACAGCCUUUCAAUUCCCACCAACCUACUCCUUCCCCCCCUUCUUCACACCCCAACCCAACAGCACAACCCGCCUCUCGCAGCUCCAGAAAUGGUCCUCGCUCAUCCAAUCCUGGUGCCGCCACCAUCGCAUCUACCGCCUCUCGCUGAUUGAAGCGAUCGAGAGCCCGCUCUUCCACAAUGCUACGCUGCGGAAACGGCUGAGUCUGAGCGAGGCCAGGGCCGUACUGGACUGGAUGGCCAAGCCCGAGGAGGAAGGGGGCGGUGGGAGGCGGGCGGAAUGGAUCGAUGGGGGGAGUAAGUCGGUGGCCUGGAUUUGGUGGAGGAGGCCAGAAGAGUGGGCGGGAGUCGUGGCGGAUUGGGUGGAAGCGACGGGGCAGAAGAAUGUUGUCCUGACGGUGUACGAGCUGCUGGAGGGAGAGGCUACGAUGUCGCAAGAAUGGCAUGGUAUGGAUGCAGACGUGAUGCUCAAGUCUCUGAACGUUCUUGUAAAACGCGGCAAGGCCCAGGUGUUCGGCAGCGAAGGCCAGGAAGGUGUCAAGUUUUUCUGA